GGCGGUGGCGGCUGUCACUUGGCGCCAACAGGGGGACGUGCGCCGGGAUGGGAAGCAAUGAGGACGAGGCGGACAUUGACGACAUCCUAGACAUGCUGUCAGACAUGGAGGACGAAGAGGAGGCCGGCGGUGGUGGCGGCGGCGGUGGUGGUGGCGGCGCUGGCGCUGGCGCUGGCGAUGACGACGGGCAGGAGGCCGGUGACGACGACGAGCAGGAGGUCGACGACAUCCUCGGCAUGUUUGACGACGACGCGCUUGCGUCGAGCUCAAGUGCUGCAGCCUCGAGUGCAGUGUCAGUGGUCCUCAUCGAGGAUGCAGACGGCGAUGGCGACGUUGACAUUGACGACAUCCUGGACGUACUGGACGACGUGGCCGCCGAGCCGGAGGCAGAGCCGGAAUCAACAGAUGGAGAGCAGGAGGGGGAUGUGGUAGGCACUGACAACGGCGCCGCUUCUCCCGAGCUGAUGCUGGAUGGCGAGUUGGCGUCGAUGCUGGACGCGAUAGGCGCCGGUGAGUCUGGCCCGCUGGUGCCGCCCGUUCUCGAUUCGAGCUCAUCGGUCGACGUGGCGCUCGACAUCGACGCACUGCUGGCGGAGAGCCUGCGCGGCGCCGUGGACGCGCCAUCAUCGACCACCGACUCAACCGAUGAGCUGGAACAAACAUUGCGAGCAUUUGAGAGUGGGCGAGUGGCCAAUCACGACCUCGAGACCGACUCGGACGCGGCUCUUCACGGCGUUGUCGGCGAGACGCUCGAACACGAGAUGGCUGAUGCUUCGUUUGCGGCCUUUUUGGACGCGCAGAUCGAGGAGCUUGGCGAGUCUGGAAACGUGGAGACACCGGUCAUUCUUACCGUGGCUGCCUCGGCCGACAUUGCUUCGCCAGAACGCGAUCCGUUUGCGAUCCUCGCCGAAUUGGACCCAUCGGACGCGAGUCUCACGACACUAUCCGAGACGUUGACCAGUGCGGAUGCCUCGAGGGGCUCGGCAGACUUUGAGGUGAGCGAUGAGCACUCGUCGUGCUCGACGUGCCACACCCGGGCCGAUGCGCUGCUAUCGGAGAUGUUCCCGUCGACCGACACUGCCUUGCAGGAGUCUGGCGAGCUAGCCGGGGCUGGUGAGUCAAGCGGCGACUGGGUGGAGGACGGGGAAGGGCUGUUUGAGGGAGAAGGUGAGGUCGAGUAUGUUGAGGAAGUGGUGUACGUCGACGAGGACGGCGAUGUGGUGGAUGCGGAAGGGGUAGACGAGGGCGAGGUCGAGUAUGUUGAGGAAGUGGUGUACGUCGACGAGGACGGCGAUGUGGUGGAUGCGGAAGGGAUGGACGAGGGCGAGGUCGAGUACGUGGACGAGGUGGUGUACGUCGACGAGGACGGCGACGUGGUGGAUGCGGAAGGGGUGGACGAGGGCGAGGUCGAGUAUGUUGAAGAAGUGGUGUACGUCGACGAGGACGGCGAUGUGGUGGAUGCGGAAGGGAUGGACGAGGGCGAGGUCGAGUACGUGGACGAGGUGGUGUACGUCGACGAGGACGGCGAUGCGGUUGAGCAGGAGCCUGAACCCGAAACAAGACUAGAGCCCACUCCCAAGUCCUCUCCCGAGCUCGAGCUCGAGCCCGAGCCCGAAUCCAAGCCCAUACCCACCAUAUCCUUCUCGACCGACGAUGUUGCGCAGCUACUCGCCGAGCCGAGCGUUGAGAGCGACGACAUGGUUUCUGGCUCCAACGAAGAGUGCAGCGAGCUCUCGCUUGGCGAUCUCGUCACCAUCACGCCUUGUCCGCGCACGCCUAGUUCAUCGCCGCCGCCGUCGCUCUCUCCAGUCCCUCGCCAACCGCCGUCAGCAUCGUCUUCGCCAGAACCCGAGGCACAGCCGCCGCAAUCGCUCCUCCUCGAUCUCGCGAACGCGCACACCUCGGCCUCUCCAGCAUCGGCGUCGGCAUCGCCAUUGGCAACAGACAAUGACACGCCAUCGGCGCAGCCGUGGCACACAGUAGAGUCGCAGGCUGCCGCCGCCGUCCGCCGGCUCGACUUUCGCUCCCAAGGCUCGCUCUCGCUGGAGCAGACCGAGUACCUGCUUGUGCUUCUCAAGUACCCGACAAGCACCGCCCCAAGCGAGGCAGUGGCCCUCACCCGGACUGAGUCACGUCGGUUCACCAACAGCGACGCGGUCAGUGUCGUCAUGGCUGUUGUCGCUGCCUUUGAUCCCUCAGUCGUCGCCGCUCUCCACGACGGCAUCGACGAGCUCGAGCACUCGGGCAAGCUCUACGAGCUGGAUGAUCUCACUGCCCAUGCCAGCCCCACGCCGCCGCUCACGUCGUACGACUACGACUACGAAGAGGUAUGGACCGAGGUAUCGGUCAACGAGACUCCGCUCUCAUCCGCCAACCCGCCACAGCCUGCAGCCGGGAUCCAGCCCGCGCGUGAGGUCGCCGUCCAGGCCGCUCUCGAUCCGCCGCCGCCACAGCGUCCGCCAGUCCGCAGGCCGCCCUCGCUACUGUAUCUUGCCGAGCAGCAUGCGCGGCGCCGCAAGGCCGAGGCUGCUGCCGCCGCUGCGCUCCGCGAAGCCACGCUCCGCACGCUCCAGCUCGCAGACACCGAGGCCGCCCUCCAGGCCUCGGCGCGCAGGCAGGCCAUCCUCGAGCGUGAGCUGCAGCUCUCACAGCGGAUCCUGGCGCAAACGCUGCCGCCGCCGCGCCCAGUGCGUCCAGCUUCAGACUCAGUGCCUCCAGUCCCGGAGCAAGCCCGCCGCGCCGGCCUGCCGCCGAUCCCGUUUACCGCCGCCGGUCCGCUCGUCGUCCGCGAUCGCAAGCGCUACGGCCCUGACGUCCGGGUCACGCAUCCGCUCUGGCCACAAGCCGCCGCUGAGGAAGAGGCUGAGCGUCGCCGGCGAGCCAACAACAUUGCCCGCCGAGCAGCGCUCAUCGCCAAGGUCGAGACGCUGGUGGGCACCAGGCAGAGCGCGGCCGGCCAGCGCUGA